UUAACAAGCGUCGGGGCUGUUCUUCUUUCUGCAGCUUCCAAAGAUCUCUGGAUUUUGCAAAACAGUUCCAAGGAAACAAUGGCCAACUUCUCCUUAUGGACAGUUUUUGGAUUAUGUUUGCUGCAGCUCUGUCUAGCAGAAACAGAGUUCAAUGUAAGUUGCAGAUAUGGAGGAGUUUUUCAUGUUGAAAAAAAUGGUCGCUACAGUCUCACACGAUCUGAAGCAGUUGAACUCUGCAGAGCUCUCAACAGUACCUUGGCAACGCUAGAACAGCUGAAGAAAGCUCAUGAGCUUGGAUUUGAAACUUGCAGGUAUGGUUUCGUGGUGGGGUAUGUUGUUAUCCCACGGAUCAAUCCCUAUCAUCUUUGUGCAGCAAAUAACACUGGCAUUUACAAACUUUCAGCAAACACAACUGCUCGGUAUGAUGCAUACUGUUACAAUGCAACAGAAACAGAGGAAAAAACAUGUGAGCCAGUUGUAAAAAUAGAUACUUCCUUACUCAGCAACCAGGAUGAAAUAGUCAUUGACAACGCAGACGGCUCCAGCUUCAACGCGGAUGGCACACGUCACACCGCUGGAGAGUCCUCCACCUCAGGGGUGGAUGAUGAAAAUGCAGGUAGUGGAUCAACUCAUGAGACAACUGCCAUGGAUGCCUCCAUCAGCAGGUCCAGCCCCUCAUAUUAUGGAAGUCCUACUCCAGUCUCACAGCUCCCAGGUCAUUCUUCUGGAGGAGGUGAAAAAGAAUUUCCUGGAAUCUAUGGUGAUGAAUUUCCAUCUGUAUCACCUGAUACCUUUUUUGGGACGACGGCUGGUGAUUUCCAUGACGAAGAUGAUGGGCAGUAUCCUGCAAGUACUACUCCAGGGCCUCAUCAUGACAACCUGGAGAAAACCACCACCCAAGCUUGGUGGAAUCCGUUCCCAGACAACUGGUGGUGGUCGAAUCCUGGAGAGAAGACGCAAGAACCCACGCCAGCAACCCGGGCCAGUGUGACCUCCAGUGGCAGUGAUUCAGAUGAUGAGGACUCUUCUGAGGAGAUUGUGUAUCCCACCAUGUUUCCAGGCUGGGGCAGGAGUGUGGCCGAGGACGAGACUUCUCCGAGUACAACUCCAGGGCCUCAUCAUGACAACCUGGAGAAAACCACCACCCAAGCUUGGUGGAAUCCGUUCCCAGACAACUGGUGGUGGUCGAAUCCUGGAGAGAAGACGCAAGAACCCACGCCAGCAACCCGGGCAGGUGUGACCUCCAGUGGCAGUGAUUCAGAUGAUGAGGACUCUUCUGAGGAGAUUGUGUAUCCCACCAUGUUUCCAGGCUGGGGCAGGAGUGUGGCCGAGGACGAGAGUGCUCCGAGUAUGACUCCAGGGCCUCAUCAUGACAACCUGGAGAAAACCACCACCCAAGCUUGGUGGAAUCCGUUCCCAGACAACUGGUGGUGGUCGAAUCCUGGAGAGAAGACGCAAGAACCCACGCCAGCAACCCGGGCAGGUGUGACCUCCAGUGGCAGUGAUUCAGAUGAUGAGGACUCUUCUGAGGAGAUUGUGUAUCCCACCAUGUUUCCAGGCUGGGGCAGGAGUGUGGCCGAGGACGAGACUUCUCCGAGUACAACUGUAGACUCACAACACGAAACACUUCUGGAAAUCACCACACAAGGCCAUUGGAACCCCACCUUUACAGAUGAAGAGGAGCAGGAUUCUAGCUCUGCUAGCAGGGUCACAAUCUUACCAGCACUAGUUACAAGUGAAAAAGAAAAGCAUCAAGGACCAACCCAACAUCCGCUAUUACACAGCCUUCAUUCUGGAGGGAUCAGUCAAGAACAAAAUCCUGCAAAUACCACUGGCAGUAUUGAACCACAUGAAUUUACUACUGCAGGUGAAAAUUAUUUUGGAGAGGAAACUUCUACAGCUAUGGUCCCCAGCCGUGGGGCCAAACAGAAUGACUCAGCACGAGAGCCACUGGUGCCUCCAGGCUGGAAUGAGGGAGAGGAUUAUGCCACAGAGCCUGCUGGAAUGGAUAGAGUUACUCCUUCCAGAGAGAGCAAUCAUGAAAGAGAGUCUUCCACCACAGCUGUUGCCUCUCCUGAUGAUGCCACCACAAAGAGCCAACUCCACCACUUGUGCCUCGGGAUUAAACCAGAAAUGAGCACUGAAGGCAUCACGAAUCCCACAGAUGCCCCCGGGGAUGAAGUUCCCCACAGGACCACAGCCACUAUGAACAAAGCUGUCACAGCCUCCACUGACAUUCUGGCACCAGAAGAUAUAACCCAGGAAGCAUGGGCGCCUCACCUGGUGGUGACAUCUGCUUCCUCUCCUGAGGGUGCCCACCACAAAGAGCCAACUCAAACACCUCUGCCUUCAGAUGAUGAACCAGGACAGGGCACUGAGGGCAUCACAAAUCCCAUGGAUACACACAGAGAUGAAGGCCUCCACAGAACUACCUCCAGUGUGACCACAGCUGGUAAUGACUCUUUUCUGAUGGGUAUCAUCAUAGAGUCCGUGGAUGAUGCUGACCAAGAGAAAGCAACCAAGGAGCCCCUGGCACCUGGCACUGCAUCUGGAUGGGAAGGUGAACCAGCAAACACCACCGAUGGUUUCCAUGUCCAUGGGAUACCUGGAGUUUUUUCAGACAUUGAGGACCGUUUCAUUCCCUUGCAGACUCCUCUUACUACCAGCUCUACCUCUAGUGUGUAUGAUAACCAAGGACCACACAAGGGACAUGAUGAAUCCACGACUUCCCCUGGAGGGACUGCCAGAACAAAACCAGAUCAAGAACCAAGGUUGCCUGGUGUACCAGAAUGGCUGAUCAUUGUUGUUGCUCUGGUGGUGCUUGCAUUGAUCCUGGCAGUGUGCAUUGCUGUCAACAGUCGCAGAAGAUGUGGGCAGAAGAAAAAGCUAGUGAUUAACAAUGGCAAAGGAGCAGUGGAGGACAGGAAGACAAGUGAAUUAAAUGGAGAUAUCAGCAAAUCACAAGAAAUGGUGCACUUGGUUCAUAAAGAACAGUCAAAUGACCGAACACAAGCAUGUGAUGAAUUCCUGACUGUUAAUGAAACACAAAAUCAUCACGAGUUUGACAUGAAGACUGGAGUGUAAUGGUACCACACUGCCAAGCAGAUCAGGGCUGGGGAAACCAAAAUCAUGUGGAACUUGAACAGGAAUUCACAGAUGCACUGUGCUACUGAUGUCUUUUGAACAAAAGCAUAAGUUCUGUUUCUUUUUAAUCACUUUGUAAUGACGCCUGAGUUUAAAAAUUGACAUGUGCUUUCUGAAAUACACCCCCAAGAGUUGCAUAAUGCUUUCAGUUCCCAGUCCCUUCAUGGAGGACUCUCACUGUGUCCUGGAUGUUAGGAGGCAUGCGAGUUUACAUCAUUAUUCCCCAAAUGGAAGGUCUUCACUGUGUGAAGCUAAAGAAUUAUCCAGUCACUCCAUCUUACAGAUAUUUAAAGUAUAAAACUUGCCAUGGUAGAGAAAUAAGUGAGGAAAAAUGUCAAGAGUAAAAAAAUCAAGUUUAAACCCAAAAUGCAUCUUUUACAAUGUCUGCAACAGCAGAAUCUUUCAGAAAUGCCUUCCAGCCAGGAAUAGCUGUGGGUACAUUCAGAAUCUGCCAGUAUAAACAAAAAGUGACAUUUUAUAAUCAUGUGUGGCUUGGUCUGCAACGAAGGAAACCCGGAAGGACAAAAUUUAUUUAUCUCUAUUUUUAAAUAUCUAUGGACAUACAGCAAAUCUUCUCGGGAGGGGUAAUAAAGGCAUAAAAAUAUGAGCUGAAAUAUAAUAAAAUUCUAUUCUUUAUUAUCCUAGCAACCUGUACACUUAUCCUUCAGUUUUUGAGGUGUUCACUGCUCUUCUCCCCACCUCAUUCAUUGGUCCAAGUUUGUGCAUGUGUUUAAUGAGCCUGUUAGUUAAGAUAAUGAAUAAAACAAAAUGACCCCAGCUCUAUCACAUAUGCACAAAUCAGGCAAUUGAGAUCACUAGGGAAGCUGACAGUAUUUUAUUCCUGAAAAUAGGUCUCUGUAUUCUGCUCCAUUUUGGUAAGGAGAUGCUGAGCCUAUUAGUUUUUUUCCUCUGUAACUAUUACAUUACACAAGAUUGCUUAUCUUUUAAAAGCUGCUUUUCUAUGAUCUCGCUCAUUUCCUCUGAAUUCUAUUUCAUCUACAUUUUUUCCAUCAGCUUUUUAAAAACACCAAAAAGAAACAUUGCUUGCUUUUUGGUACCAGAAGUUCAAUUUCUACAGAAAAGAUCAAAGCAAAGGAAAGGAAACUCUUCCCAGCCAUGUAAUAUAGUAGAGUAGUUGAGCUGCAUUGUUACAUGCUUUCAUUAUGUCCUUUUGUGUCUGUAAAGUAUUUGUAUUAAGCUAUGAUGCUGUGCAUUAUAUUGAUAAGAAUUUUCAGGAAAACAAUUAUUUACUACCAGUGGUCUGUGCCAUUUUUAAGAAAGCUUAUUGGAAUGGAGGGAGAAUUGUAACUUCCAAUUGGACUCCCCCCAGGAAAUGCAGGGAAAAAUGCUGGUCUGUGCCAGCUGUGGGAUGUGGAUGGUCUGUAGCAGGGCUGUUCAGGAGUUCUGUUCACUGACCAUAGCCCCCGUCUUUGAAACUGUUCUGCUAAAGUGUGUUAUAUUAUGUUCUCCAUCUGAAGCAGUUUGGAGGGUGAAUAUUCAGCUGGCUAAAUACUGACUUCAGCUAGCGCUGGUCUUUACUGGAACAUAAAGCACAAGACUGUUGAUUA